UUCUAACGUAAUACUUCAGCUCCGAAGUUUAGAAAAGAGUUGUUUUUUCUAAAAUGCCUCAUCUUUUGCUUCUAAAGAGGGCUAGUGCAAUUCACCGUUCAUAUUUUCAACCUGUACGAUUUAGCUUUACUAAAUCUGAGGAGAUCAAACACUUAAGUAAACAACAGUUAAGUAAAGGAGCUUCUGUCAAAUUUAGUCAAGCAGAGCACGGCCAAUUUUAUCAAGAGCGUCCCAUUUUCAAUAAUCCAUUCUUGUCAGAUGCUCCUCUGCAGAGUUUUUUAAAUCACUAUGUUCCAAAGGAGGUGAGCAUAGAAAUAUCUCAAGAUCUUAAGCAGUUUGGACAGCGAAUAAUCAAUGAAAUCGAUGAUCUUGGUUGGGAGUGCGAACUGAAUCCACCUACGCUGGAAACUCAAGAUGUUUGGGGGCGACGAGUCGAUGACCUCAAAAUAUGUACCGCUUGGAAGAAAAUGCACUCUAUUAGUGCUGAGGAAGGCUUAAUAGCCAUUUCGUACGAACGGAAGCUAGAUUACUGGAGUCGGCUGCAUCAAAUUUGCAAAGCAUACAUGUUUAAUCCGUCAUCUGGGUUAUAUUCCUGUCCUUUGGCUAUGACUGAUGGAGCUGCAAAAACGAUAAUGUCUUCAGAUAAAUCAGUGGUUGUAGAAAAAAAGGAGUUCUUCGAGAAAGCUUUUAACAAUCUUAUUUCUCGAGAUCCUCAAAAAUGUUGGACUUCUGGUCAAUGGAUGACAGAGAAAAGAGGGGGCUCAGAUGUUGCCAAUGGCACAGAAACUAUAGCUAUUCCGGAUAACGACUUCUAUCGCUUAUAUGGAUACAAAUGGUUUUCUUCAGCAUCAGAUGCAAAUAUUGCUCUUACUUUAGCCAGAAUAGUUCAGAAUUCUGAAGUGCCAAAGAAUGAAACUGGGCUAACAAUGUUUUGCGUCGAAACGAGGAAUUCUGAAGGGCAGUUCAACAAUAUUCAGAUGGUGAAGCUGAAAAACAAACUGGGAACUCGAGGACUUCCAACGGCAGAACUUCUUCUCGAUGGUUGCAUUGCAUAUAAGAUGUCUCAAGAAGGUCGCGGAAUAGCUUCAAUAUCACACAUGUUGAAUACUACGCGUGUACAUAAUUCUUUGAGUUCUGUUGGUUACAUGCGAAAGAUUUUGUUGCUGUCUCGAGAUUAUAGUCGAAAAAGAGUAGCAUUUGGAAGAACACUUAGUGAAACUCCUUUACAUAUGCGUAUAUUAAGUAAUAUGGAAAUAGAAACCAGAGGUUCUUUAUUAUUAUUAUUAAAGGUUGCAGUUUUACUUGGCAAAAAUGAGCUGGGGAUAAAUUCUGCUGACGAGCGACUCUUACUCCGCUUACUGUCCCCUGUAAUGAAGCUUUACACUGCUAAGCAGGCCAUUGCUGUCGUUUCUGAAGGCUUGGAAACAUUUGGAGGCCAAGGCUAUAUGGAAGAUUCGAGAUUGCCAGUGCUACUAAGAGAUGUCCAAGUAUGUUCAAUUUGGGAAGGUACAACAAAUGUGAUGUCAUUAGAUGUAAUAAGAAGUCUGUUGAAGACAAAUUCAGAAGCACUACUGUCCUUGGAAAAAAACAUUAUAAUUUGCUUAGAAAACGGAAAAAAAGAAAGUACUUUGCAAGAGUCAUGCAUGAAAAUUGAAAAGAGCAUGAAAUAUAUAUCAGCAUUUAUCAAAGAAAAUCCAGGUUUGCUGCACAUUGCUGCAAGAGAUAUAUCUUAUAGCCUUGCCAGAACUUACAUUGGAGCCUUACUGAUAGAAAAUGCUACGAUCACAAAGAAAACAACUGAUAUAUUUACAGUUCAACAAUGGUGUAAAAUGCAAGAACUGUGUCCUUUACACCUGCAUCAAAACUACAGCAGUUAUACGGAAAAAGAUUAUGAAACUGUUAUGGAAGAUUUUUUAUGAACUGCAAGUUGCUGUUCUAAAGAAUUUUUAUAUUGUCUUUGUAAGCUUUGAAAUAAAAUACUUCAUAAUACUAAAUACCAGGUAUAAUAUUUAAUAAUGAAAUAUAAAGUCCGGCUUUCGAAAUAACUAAUUAGAGUAAAAUGAAUUUUUUGUGAAAUUACUUUUACAGAUUUACAACUACUAUGUAAAUGUAAUACUUCACAUGUAAUUGGAUGAAUUUCAAAACAUCAUACAACUUGAAAGAAUGACGUAUAUUCUUUUGAUAUAUUUAAAUGUAUGCAAUUUUA